AGCUUCAGCUCGUAGCCACACAGCUGAGACAACAUGAGGCCCAGCAGCUUCUUGGUCCUGGUGGUGUUCCUUAUCCUGGGGAUUCUGGCGGCACAGGCCGCUGUCACUGGAGGGGCGACAUUUGUUCUUUCAACAAUUCCUCCUAAAGGGCAAGGCACUGACAAAGGUCGUGUUCCGGUCAAAGGACAAGAUCCGGUUAGAGGUCAAGAUCCAGUCAAAGCCAAAGGUCCCGUGUCCACUAAGCCUGGCUUCUGCCCCCACAUUCUGAUCCAGUGCGCCAUGUUGAACCCCCCGAACCGCUGUCUGAGCGACACCGAGUGCCCGGGGGCCAAGAAGUGCUGUAAGGGCACUUGUGGGCUGGCCUGCUUGGAUCCCCAGUGAGCCAGGUGGAGCCUGUCCUUGCUGCACCUGGGAAGUCCCCAGGGCUGCUGGUUCUGGCCCUCUCCUUCCUUGGGCGUUCCGCCUCCCGCUCAGGAUGCCCAAGUCUGGGCUUGGCUGCCUCCCUUCUUGACUUUGUAAUAAAAGACGACUUUCUGCUU